GUCUCUCCCAGGUGCCUAGGAUGCUGGCACUGUGCCUGCUGUCCCUGGCCUGGCUCAGCGAGGGCUCCCAGCGCAGUGAGCCCAUGUUCACAGCUGUCACCCACCGCUUCCUUCCACCUGACUACGACAACAACCCAACGCAACUCAACUAUGGUGUGGCCAUCACCGACCUGGAUGCCAAUGGUGACUUUGAGAUUGUGGUGGCAGGGUACAAUGGCCCCAACCUGGUGCUCAAGUACGACAAGGCGUGGGGGCGACUGGUGAAUGUGGCAGAGGAUGAGCGGAGCUCCCCGUACUAUGCGCUGCGGGACCGGCAGGGCAAUGCCAUCGGCGUGACAGCCUGUGACAUCGACGGGGAUGGUCGCGAGGAGAUCUACUUCCUCAACACCAACAACGCCUUCUCUGGCAUGGCCACCUACACAGACAAGCUCUUCAAGCUCCGCAACGGGCGCUGGGAGGACCUCCUGAGUGAUGAGGUGAACCGGGACGUGGCCAGCCGCUUUGCCGGGCGCUCUGUCGCCUGCGUGGACCGGACGGGCUCUGGCAGGUACUCCAUCUACAUCGCCAACUACGCCAGCGGCAAUGUGGGACCCCCACCCCUGAUCGAGAGGGCUGCCAGCGACCCUGCCCGUGGCAUCGUGGUGUUGGUGGAUGUGGCUGCCCAGGCCGGCGUCAGCAAGUACACAGGGGGCCGUGGAGUGGCCGUGGGCCCCAUCCUGAGCGACAGUGCCUCUGACAUAUUCUGCGGUAACGAGAACAGCCCCAAUUUCCUCUUCCACAACUGGGGGGAUGGGACAUACCGGGACAUGGCAGCUGCUGUGGGGCUGGAUGACCCCUACCAGCAUGGACGUGGCGUGGCACUGGCUGACUUCAACCGUGAUGGUCGGGUGGACAUAGUCUACGGCAACUGGAAUGGGCCACACCGCCUCUACCUGCAGAGCAGGGGCCCUGGGCGCAUCCGAUUCCGGGACAUCGCCACUCCCAAGUUCUCUAUGCCGUCCCCUGUCCGUACUGUCAUCGCAGCUGACUUUGACAAUGACCAGGAGCUGGAGGUUUUCUUCAACAACAUCGCCUACCGCGGCUCCUCCGCCAACCGCCUCUUUCGGCUCAUCCGCAGGGAGCACUCGGACCCCAUCGUGGAAGAGCUGAAUCCGGGAGAUGCGCUGGAGCCAGAGGGACGGGGCACAGGGGGUGCAGUGACAGAUUUUGAUGGUGAUGGGAUGCUGGACCUGAUCCUGUCCCAUGGCGAGUCCAUGGCACAGCCAAUCUCCAUCUUCAAGGGCACCCAGGGCACCGGCAACAACUGGCUACGCGUCAUUCCCCGCACCCGCUUCGGGGCCUUUGCGCGGGGGGCCAAGGUGGUGCUGUUCACACAGCGCAGCGGGGCUCACCUGCGCAUCAUCGACGGCGGAUCAGGGUAUCUCUGCGAGAUGGAGCCUGUGGCGCACUUUGGACUGGGGCAUGAUGAAGCCAGCAGCCUGGAGGUGACCUGGCCAGACGGCCGUGUUGUGGUACGAGCUGUGGCCAGCAGUGAGACCAACUCUGUCCUGGAGGUGCCCUACCCUCUGGAUGUGGAGGAGCCACUCAUGCCUGCCCCACUGGAGUGCGGGCAGGGAUUCUCCCAGCACGAGAACGGACGUUGCGUAGACACAGAUGAGUGUGCCGAGUUCCCCUUCGUCUGCCCCCGAGACAAGCCCAUCUGCAUCAAUACCUAUGGCGGGGGCCGCCGGCCCCGGACAAACCGGGGCUUUGAGCCCAACGAGGAUGGUACAGCUUGUGUGGCUCAAGUGGCCUUUUUUGGGGGAUACCCUUCCACUGGGAGCUGGCCUGGCUCCCCCCACAGUACCCUCCUCCCUCUAGUCCUCGGACUCUGCCUUUGCCUCUAUGCACUUUAA